AUGAAGCCUCUGGUCUUCGCCGGAGUCCCGUUCAACAUGCUGGAACUAAUCAGAGAUAUCCUACGGGGGAAUCCUGUCGCGAUCGACGACGUAGUGUGUCUCCGAGGCGGUGUCAUCCAGCCGAACGGAUUUGCUCAGGGAGAUAACCUCUCGCCACUGUUAUUCUCGGUUCUGAUUGCCCACCUGCCUUCACGAAUCAAAACGCGGCACGCCGCGGUGGAGGUCAUUCUGUACGCGGAUGAUUUAAUUCUGUAUAGUGCAAGCAGAUUCCACCUCCAACAGGCACUCGCUACGCUAAGCCCGUAUGUCGGCGAAGUCGGUCUACAAAUCAACACGAGCGAGACUCAGGCCAUGAAGUUCCGACGGGGUGGGAAAGUGGCCGGGACCGAUGUGCUCUACCUUAAUGGGGAGAGCGUCGAGCUCGUGAAUUCCUUCGCGUACCUAGGAGUCACGCUCGCGUGUGCACUCUCCUUCACCACCCACAUCGAGGAACGCCAAAGGAAAGCACUGGUAGCCAUCAACAGCAUCGCGACGCCCCGACUUCUGUCCCUACGAACGGCACUAGCGCUGUUCGAUCUGAAGGUAGCACCGGUCGCCAGCUUUGGCAUACAGAUCAUCUGGAAAAGACUGUCAGUCGCGCAGUUGGAGACUCCAGAGCGAAUCAAACCCGUCUACCUGAAACGUGUCUUCGGCCUUCGCACGUCGACGAAGAACAGAUUCGUCUGUCUACUAACCGACACCAAGCUUUUCGUGGAGGAUCUACGAGACCGCUACAAGCUCGGGAAUACAUAG